ACACAUUACGCCGCGUCCUAAAAUAACGCGAAUUGAAACGAUUGAUCGUUAUGUGAAUCGCGGGGAUGUCAGUUUGAUGGGGCAGUGCUAUGGGAGCCAAGGAGGCAAAUUCCCCCUGAAUGACGGAUCAUCGCCGAUAAAAAUAAUCAUCACUGGACCAAGCCUAGCAGGAAAAAGUUACUUGAUGUAUUCAUGGGUCCUUGGGGUUAAGAACAUCAUUGCUAUAAAACCAACUGACUUGUUCAACGUGGAACAUGUCACUUCCGGUACUGGCAAGAAGUUCAUAGUCUACGACCUCAGCGGGGCACCGAACAUGCGUCCGCGACAAAGACCUUUCUACGAGGCCACUCAAGGAAUCGUCCUCGUGGUAAACUGUGCUGACAAGGCUAGCAUAGACGAGGCCAAGAAGGACCUGGAUCAGUUGCUGGGAACCGUGGAGCUGAGUGGAGUUCCAAUGCUAGUAGCAGCUAACAGAGUGGACUCUCCUGAUGCUGUAUCCUGUGAUGACAUAAAAUCUAAGCUGGACCUGGAGUCAAAACUGUCCAGUAGGAAGUGGAAGAUCUGCAACUUGACAGAAGGUUCGCAAGAGGAUGUGGAUGACGUCUUAAGGGAAUUGGACAUGCUGGUGCAACAUCAGAAGCAAUGACCUUGACAGUACAUUCUGGGAUUUAAAAAAAUAUAGUUCCUUCAUAAACAAUAUAACAUAUUUUAACAUACUUUCUUUUAAAAAGGACAUUUUCAGCAUGUAUAUUCAGUAUUUACUUAAGAAAACAAAUUAUAAUAUAGCAGAAUCUUAAACAUUCCAUAGCUCGACAAGUCAAACAUAUGAUUAUAAUACAGACUUGGAUUUAGGCACGAAAUGUCUACCAUCAUAUCUUAUUAACAGUUAUUUAAUUGCGUUAUGAAUGAUAUUUCUAAUGCACCUUGUACCUCAAAGUGUGGAUUAGAUUACUAAAGACGACGCCACACGAAAUGAGUGUCUCGUACGAGAAAAGCCACUGGAAUAGCGGUUUGACAAAACAAUCAUUGUGAUAUCAUCGGUUGCUAUACAAUCGGUUGUUCUCGUGGGUAUUCUCGUACGAGAUACUCUUAUCGCAUGGCGUCGUCUUAACCAUAUGCAAGUGAUUAGCAAAGUGUUACAAAGUGUUACUUUCUACACACGUAUACUGGAAUUUGCUGCUCAGUUUUAAUCAUACAAGAUCUCAGGAACAAUUUUAAUAUUACAUUACAUUUAUCAUUUUAUGUACAUAGUGAUACAUUACUGUUUUGCAGUGAAUUAAUAUUUCAAAUUGAACAUAAAACAAGAUAAAACGCAUCUAAUUCUGAACUUACAAGACUACUGACAGAGGCGUAUAUAAUAAUAAUAAUAAUAAUAAUAAAAGGUAUCGGACAUCAUAAGCAUGUAAACGUAUGACAGGGUUAGGGUCACAAGAUUCAAUUAAGGGUUUAUGUGAAAAAUAAAUUAUGGUAGACAUGAUUUUCAGCUUACGAAAUUCACAUCUUGCGGCAGCAAUUUUGUACCGAUAUUAAUAAUCUAAAUACCCAAUAAUCAUGUACGGUGGAUCAGGGGGGGGCCUUGAGGGGAGAUCAGUAAUUGGGAAUCAAAAAUAUUGGUAGUAAAUCUCCCGAACCCCCCCCCCCCCCCUCCCUACACACACACACCGCACCUCAUAAACUCGAUCUCUCAUCCCCCCCCAACCUCAUAAACUAGAUCUGUCACACACACACCCCACCUCAUAAACUAGAUCUCAGUUACACACACACCCCACCUCAUAAACUAGAUGUCAGUCACACACACACACACACACACACACACACACACACACACACACACAAUGUCUGCUUGCCUCCGCCGUGCCUGAUAAUGAUCAAAAUGUCAUAUAAGAACAACUUUGCAACAGCUUUUUGCGGCGGCACUGCUGAUUGCCGUCGUGAAUUUUGAGAUCUGGAUUUUUAAAAUGUCAUGUUAAGGUUUCGAUCUGGAUUUUGGUGUUAAAAUACAACGAUGUGGCAGGAAAUAUGAAGAUACAAACAUAUUCUACUAAAAGACUACAAAAAUAAAAGCACAUCUUCUGUGAAGUCUUCCAUCUUGUCUUGCCAAUCAAAAACACAUUUUUAACUUGUGUAUAUUUUAAUGCUAUUUGUAUAUUACCCGUGUUAACUAUUUGUUCUGGGCCCCGUUCCAUGAAGCGAUCUUCGAGCUAAGAUCAUCUUAACAGCAUAUUUACCGUAUACACCUACGGUAAAGUGAUCUUGGCGUUAAGAUCGCCUCGUGCAACGAGGCCCUGUUCGGUUUUUUUAAGCCUAAGUUUUGUUGCUAAUAUAUAUUUAAUUCCUAAUCGG